AUGGGCUCUCAGCUGACCAUUAAAGCCAACCGCAUCAGUGGGGCUCUGCUGCACUCGCACGUACAGACCUAUCCCAAAGAAGUAGGACCGGCCCAGCAGCAAGUGACCACAUACUCGCACAAAGACCACAACAAUAACUGGAUGAUCAAACCAUAUGACGAGAGUCCGUAUUUGGGGGCCGAGAAUGUCCGGUUAUUGCGCCACGGAGACUAUAUCCGACUGGAGCACAUGUCUACCAAGCGACUGCUGCACAGCCACAAGGAGAACGCGCCGAUUACCACCAAGCACAAGCAG